GGGGCGGGAUGGAGGGACCCAAUCACACAGUCUCGCAACUAGUGCGCUGGGCCAAUCUUUUGAGGGAAGAGUUCUGCAGGAAAGCAGUUAUAUACGGGCAACAGUCUGUCAAGUAUGCGACCGAAAAACCCAGGAAAGUCACAGUCAUCUUGAACCCAGCAGCCAAAAAGGGAAAAGCCAAGAAGUUGUUUGAGAAGAACGCAGCCCCACUUCUUCACCUUGCGGGGAUCGAUGUUGAAAUUGUCAAGACAGAAAGUGAAGGAAAUGCCAAAGACAAGGCUGGUAACCUGGAGACCACUGAUGCUGUCGUGGUUGCCGGGGGCGACGGCACUCUAGGGGAGGUUGUCACGGGGCUCCUGCGCAGAGAAGAUCAGGCCUCUGUCAGCGUACGGUGGCCCCUAGGGGUCAUCCCGCUUGGCACCACCAACAGCUUGGCCAGGUUCUUGUAUGCAAAUGCCGAAUCUGAUGUCAGGUGGAUGGGCAAUGCAGCUAUGGCGGUCAUCCGAGGGGUAACGGAACCGAUAGAUGUCAUGGCAAUACAGGGUGAAGAUGGAAGAAAAGUCUUCACAGUCAACAAUCUGGAGUGGGGACCUCUUCAAGAAGCAAGGCAACUCAGCUCAAAGUAA